UAGGCCAUAUAUCCAGGAGGGUAGAGAUGUUUCCCCAUUGACUGUACUUGUAGAAAAAUAAAAUGUCUGAUGUUAAUUCUUCCUUGAGCAACCUGUUUAACUUGGGGAAUUUCAAGGAAGCCAUCCAUACUCCAAUCCAUUUAUUUAGCAUGAAACAUCAGCAUCGAUCAAUCUGCAUCCUGUAUUUAUGGUAGGCCAAACUUUUCCAUACCAUUCAUUUUUUUUCCACCUUAUCGUUUAUUUUCCAUUGACUUGACUUGUGUUAUUGCAAACCGAAGAGCAACUUCCAUGACUCGCUCACCUUUUUAUGAAGGAAAGGAAGAGUUGUUUACAAACCAUAAUUAAGUCCUAAGUAAGACACACAUGAUCCAUGGCUUCCCUUAAGAUUCCCUUGUUCUUUAUCCUUGUUAGCUUCCUCAGUUUUGCAACUACUCAGGCACAGUAUGACUCCACACCUCUCUACAUAUACCAAAAUUGCUCAGGGGGCAACAGUACCGAUGGCAGCGCCUUCCUAUUAAACCUCAGAACCCUUCUUUCUUCCUUAUCAUCUAAGGCCUCCAGUACCGACACUGGAUUCUACAACACCACAGUUCAUGGAGAAAACCCCUCAGACUCGGUCUUUGGAUUGUUUAUGUGUAGGGGUGAUGUCUCUCCUCAGCUUUGUCAAAGAUGUGUCCAAGAUGCAACCAAGCGACUAUCCACAGAGUGCUCCUUGUCCAAACAAGCUGUCAUUUGGUACGACGAGUGCACUCUUCGUUAUUCCAACCGCUCAUUCUUCUCCACCUUCGACACCAGGCCUAGAGUUGCCCUCUUGAACACUGCCAAUGUCUCAAACCAAGAAAGCUUCAUGCGUUUGUUGUUUCACACCAUAAACAAAACUGCAGAUGAAGCAGCUCGUGGCAAUCGUAGGAAGUAUGCCACAAUGCAAACAAACAUGUCUGGAUUUCAGAUUCUUUAUUGUCUAGCUCAGUGCACACCGGACCUGUCACCCCAAGAUUGCAGAAGCUGUCUUAGUGGAGUAAUAGGGGACCUUCCAUGGUGCUGCCAAGGGAAGACAGGUGGGAGAGUUCUAUAUCCCAGUUGUAAUGUCAGGUAUGAAUUUUACCCUUUCUAUCGCUCCACAAAUAUGCCAACACAAGCACAGGUUCCUGCGUCAAAUUUUCCCAAUGCAGAUUCACGUUUUUCGGAAGAUCCAACUUAUUUAAACCACAGUUGCUCAACUAAUGUAACUGCUGACACUUCUUUCAAAAUAUAUCUCAAGACCCUUCUCUCUUACAUGUCUUCCAAUGCCACCAAUGGCAACGAAUAUAAGGGUAGUGUGGAGGACACUGUGUAUGGCCUCUUCAUGUGCCGUGGUGACCUUCCCUCACGCCUCUGUCAACAAUGCGUCCUCAACGCAACACACCAAAUAUCCGCACUGUGUGACUCAUUUCAAGAGGCUAUCAUUUGGUACAGCCACUGCAUGCUUCGCUAUUCCUAUCGCUACUUCUUCUCCAAAAUGGAAACAAGUCCAACUUUUCAAAUCUUGAAUGUUACCGAUACCUCAGAUUCAAUACCGGAGCAAGAGUUCUUCACUUAUACAUUAUCAACUAUGUUGGCUAAUCUGGCAAAGGAGAUACGGGAUAGUAAUGAGAGAUACGAGAUUAAAUCAUCAAAGUUGAAUGAUUUACAAACCCUUUACACUCUUAGCCAAUGUACGAAGGAUUUGUCUAGCGAUGAUUGUAUGGGUUGUCUGCAAGAUAUAAUUGGAACAAUCCCAUGGUCUCGCUUGGGAAGCGUCGGUGGAAGAGUUCUAUAUCCGAGUUGCAAUCUCAGGUUUGAAUUGUCCCCAUUUUACAGGGUCGAUGAUGAAGCUCCAUCUCUAACGCCGGCUAAUCUUUCUCCAUCAGAAAAAAGAAAAGACCAAUCGCGAAUAAUGAUCUUGAUUAUUAUACUAACAAUUGUUUCGGUGGUACUCUUCUCUUUUGGCUACUAUUUGAUAAAGAGAAAAGCAAGAAAGAGGGUUAAUACUGUGAUCCUUAGAGAAAAUUUUGGCCAUGAAAGUGCUACUUUAGAGCCACUACAAUUCAAUUUGGUUGUAAUUGAAGCCGCAACCAACAACUUUUCAAAUGAUAAUAGGAUCGGUAAAGGUGGAUUUGGAGAAGUUUACAAGGGCAUUCUUCUUGAUGGACGACAAAUAGCAGUAAAAAGACUCUCAAAAAGCUCUAAGCAAGGCAUAAAUGAGUUCAAAAAUGAAGUUUUAUUGAUAGCGAAGCUUCAACAUAGAAAUCUUGUGGCAUUCGUCGGCUUUUGUCUUGAUGAACAACACCAAAUACUUAUUUAUGAAUAUGUCCCAAACAAGAGUCUUGACUAUUUUUUAUUUGAUUCUCAAAGGUCAAAGUUUUUAAGCUGGCAUGAACGUUACAAUAUUAUAGGAGGGAUUGCUCGAGGAAUUCUUUAUUUACAUGAACAUUCUCGACUCAAAGUCAUACACCGUGAUCUUAAACCUAGUAAUGUUUUAUUAGAUGAAAAUAUGAUUCCAAAAAUUUCAGAUUUUGGUUUGGCUAGAAUCGUUGAAAUAAAUCAAGACCAGGGGAGUACAAAUAGGAUUGUUGGAACAUAUGGUUAUAUGUCUCCAGAAUAUGCAAUGUUUGGACAAUUUUCAGAAAAAUCGGAUGUUUUUAGUUUUGGGGUCAUGGUUCUUGAAAUUAUUACUGGAAAACAGAACCUAAGUUCUUAUGAACCACAUCGUGUUGCUAAUGGCCUCUUAAGUUACGUUUGGAGACAAUGGAGAGAUGAAACACAAUUAUGCAUAUUAGAUUCAAUUAUCCAAGAAAAUUAUUCUAAAAAUGAAGUAAUCAAAUGCAUUCAAAUUGGUUUAUUAUGUGUCCAACAAAAUCCUGAUGAUAGACCAACAAUGGUAGCGGUUGUUUCAUAUCUUAGUAGUCAUUUAAUUGAGUUGCCAAGUCCACAAGAACCUGCAUUUUUCUUACAUGGUAGAAUGAAUCCAAAAUUAUCGGGACAGGAAUCAAGUUCUAGUCAUUCUAUCAAUGGCUCCACUCCAUUCUCUAACAAUGAUAUGUCUAUAAGUCAAUUUCUUCCAAGAUAAACAAUUGUUUUCAUUUUAAAUGUUGUUUACAACUAGUAGUAUGUAUUAGCCUUAAUUAUUUUAUUCGGUUUGAAUAUGUUUAAGAAAACAAACAUCUAAUUAUUUAUUCUAUGCAAGUUAAAGAAUACUUUCAUUACUUUGUAAUGUAAUGAAAUCUCAAUAUAUUUUUUUAA